GGCAUCGGAGUGACGUUAGCCGUCAAAUAGCGAGUAGCGAGUGUCGACGUUUGAGUGGCCGCGCGGGCGACGACCCAUAAAAGGGAGAUCGCGAGAGUGGCAGGCGCACAGUCGCGCACCGUCUAUCCGCCGGUACGGUACGGAGCGGAACGCGCGAGCGGCAGCGUCAUAUCCCAUUCCAUUCCAUUCCAUUCGACGUCCGCCGGCACUACCCCCGCGGGAAGCAACAGUUAUGUCCUCGAGGAUCGUUUCACCGCUGCUCGCCAACCCGCUGCGCUGUUGAACCUCGUCGCGCGUGUGUGCCCGCGGACGUAUGGCGUAUGGCUUACCUUAUGGCAUGGCAUCGCGGAACUUCGCACUGUGCGCCCUUAUUGUCGUCUUCCUCUACACCAGUCUCGGACAAACGCCACCUAAGUCCGAGGUCCUGCCCGAAUUUCUGGCGCUCUUGGAAAAUCACACGGUCACUCAAGGUCGCGACGUCUCCUUCACCUGCGUCGUUAAUCAUCUCCAGUCUUACAAGGUCGCCUGGAUAAAGUCGGAUUCGCGUGCGAUUUUGGCCAUUCACACGCACAUGGUGGCGCACAACCCACGCUUGUCCGUCACUCACAACGGCCAUAACACAUGGAAGCUGCACGUGACUAACGUUCAGCCGAACGACUCCGGCACGUACAUGUGUCAAGUUAAUACGGAUCCUAUGAGAAGCCAGACCGGUCACAUGAAAGUUGUGAUACCGCCCGAUAUCAUGGACCUGGAUAACACCGCGGAUAUGCUGACCACCAAGGAAAACGGCGAUCUGCUGUUACGGUGUCGAGCUACCGGCAAUCCGGAACCGGUGGUGAUCUGGCGACGGGAAGAUGGCCGGAACAUCACGCUGAGGAACGAGAACAGCGUCAAGCGAACAGCGCGUACGUUUGAGGGCGAGCAACUUCAUCUGCGGGGCAUUCAGCGGCAGGAGAUGGGAUCUUAUCUCUGUAUCGCGUCGAACGGAGUGCCGCCGUCGGUCAGCAAGAGAUAUUACGUCAACGUCCGUUUCAAACCGCUGAUUAAAGUCUCAAACCAGUUAGUAGCGGCGCCCGUCGACAGCGAUGUCCUUCUCCAGUGCUACGUAGAGUCCUCGCCGAAGGCUCUGAACACAUGGUACAGAAAUAAUGGAGUCAAACUACUCGCUGAUGAGAAACACGAUAUAUCGGAAGUUACCAUCAACGAUUAUGCAUAUCAGCUAAAUCUCACUGUCAGACACCUUGACAAAUCUGAUUUCGGCACUUACACGUGCUCGGCUGAAAACGCUUUCGGAAAAAUGGAAGGGUCCAUAAGAUUACAAGAGCUGCAGAUAUCCAAACCAACGACAGUCUCCACGCGAAAUACCGAGACCAUCGAGAAGCAUACCUGGCACAAACAGACGGAGAAGAAGGGGAAGAAACACUCAUAUGUGCUCGACAAGGAGUCGGAUCUGAUCCCGAAGAAUGUGGGCCACACCACACCGAUGUCCAGGCGAAAUUUAUCGAGUGCAUUGCCAAAUAUCGCGAACAAAUCGAGAAUCUCCGCGUUUCCGGCGCCGGCACCGGCUCCAGCGCAUUCGGCACCGACGCAACUGGGUGCCCAGAAACCCCCAUUUAAUGGUGUUAAAUCAUUACGCGAUUCACGAUUAUGUCACGUCGGCCUCGUCGUGAUCGUCCUGAUGAUUUUAAUUCACGAUUGAAUUUGGAGAGUAAGACUCUUUCACGACAAUGAGGUCGUACAAUUACAACGAAAUUGGAUCAUUCCUCGUUAUUUCAAUUGUUGAAAGACACGCGAAGUGGAAUUACGUGUAAUCGAUAUUAAAAUAAUUUUUUGCCAUAUUUUCAUUUAAGUGUCAGAAGAACGUGGUGCAAAAUAUCGAAUGCAUCGGUAUUUUGCUGUAAAUAAUAAUACAUUUUUAUGACAAUAAAUGUAGUUACGUCUGAAAAGUAAAUGAGAUCACGAAAAAGUAUCUGAGAAGUAGAACACGCUGUUAAAAACGUUCGCUUGUAAAUGCCAUCAUUAUACAAAAUGCAUUCCAGACGAUAUUACGUAUUUGCUAAUAACAAUUUUUCAUCUAACAUACAGCGGUAAAUUGACGUGCGAUAUUGUUCUUUUAUUUUCAUUCCAAUGAAAAAACAUCAUUUUACAUAUUUUCAAAUAGUAGGCAUUAUUAAACGUAAGAAUUAGAAGAAUCGUCCCGAUUGGUUCGUGUAAUUAUCGCGCAGUUAAUGGGUAUAUACAUUGACAGAGUAAUUAAAGAGGGGUCCAUACUAAAAAUCGACUGAAUUUGGGAUCGUUGGUCUUUGGAAACCGACUAAAUUAAAUUCAUUCGUCUCUAGGAACAGCCAUAUUUAACUCUAACGAGAAUUAUGACAUGUAUAUAUGUAUGACAAUAAAUGUUGUUUCUACUAUCA